ACAAAUGGCCUCUGUCCCGCUGGUUUUGCAGAGAGGGUUUUAGCGGAGAAGCUGCUGCAUUGCUCUUGGCCCCUGGUCACUCUCUUCACCUUCACCUAGAGACUGUGUGUGUGUGUGUGUGAGAGAGAGAGAGAGAGAGAGAGAGAGAGAGUGAGUGAGUGAGUGAGUGAGUGAGUGUGUGAGAGAGAGAGAGACACAGAGUGAAAGGAGGCAGCGCAGAAAGCUCUCGGAGCACGCAGAGUGCUGCAGCAUUUCAGUCCCUCUCUGUGUCUAUUGCAAGACCUUCCCACUUCUGGCCUGCAGCAGAUGGCAGAGCAGGGGACUAGAUUAGCAGCAAUCCUGGACAGGAGGCACCACGCUCUCUUUGUGAUGAAGGGCAGCUGGGAGGACCUCCAUCCACGUGAAUGAGCGCGGAGCCCGGGAGCGGUGCUGGAAGUGAGGCGGGGCCCGGCGCUGGCCGAGAAUGGAGCCGAACACCUUCUCCCGGAUCCGGCUGUGGUGCCCCCGGCCGCUGGGCAGCUACUCCCAGAACAAGCCGUGCUGCCUCAGUGUCAAGAAGUCCCCCCCCGCGGGCGAUGCCAGGCACAAGGAGGGCGAGGCCUCGUGCUCCGAGAACACACCCCCACAGGCCCCCUUAGGCCCCGCCGGGGGCGGCGGUGCUGGGGACGGGCAGGGGGAGGAGGGGAGGGUCCUCCUGGACACAUGGUAUGUCAUCAAGCCAGGCAACACCAAGGAGAAGAUUGCGUUCUUCGUGGCUCACCAGUGCGGAGGGGGGAGCACCGGCCGCACCACAAAUGCUGUCAAGGUCAAGGGAAACUGGAGCACGGACGGCACGAAGCCCAAGAGGAGGCGCAAGUCCCGUGAGCCAGGCCAGGAGGGGUGUCCGGCCAGGCCGAGGGAACGGGCCGGGAUCCCCGACCGGCUGUGCCCUUGUUCCGGGCCAGCAGAGACCGAGCCCGCAGCCGACCCCACCUUCUCGGUGGCGGAGAUGGUAGCGCAGGUGGAGAGGAGGGCGGCUGCCAGCGACGGGGGCUCCGCCCCGCGGGGGCCUGUGCACCCACCCCCGGGGCCGAGCGAGGCCCAGGCCGAUGCCCAGGAGCUGGGCCCCAUCGGGGGGAGUGCCGACACCCGCAGGGUGGCUCAGGCCAUCGCCCGGAUCGAGAAGGCCCAGCGUGGGGGUCCAGGGGCCCAGGACGGCAGGCGCGACGGGGAGGGGGAGGGGGGCGCAGCCGGAGGUGGGGAGAGGGCGCCGUGCCCGGCUGGGGAGGUGCGCAUCGCCUUCCGGGUGGCAAGCGGAGACCCCCGCUCCCAGGGGGAGGCCCAGCCCCCGGGUCCGGGACCUGGCUGCAUCUUCAUGAGCUGUAACCACACGGUGUGCGGCGGCGUUUCGAUGGAGAAGAUCACGUGCGACCUCUACCACAUCGUCAGCCCCUCCUCCUCCUCCGUAGCCCCCCCCGACACCAGCACCAUCAACAACCACAAACACCAUCACCACAGCAGCUUGGCUCGCUCUCGCUCGGACGUGGAGAUGGCGACGGCCCCCGUUGCUGAAGAGCCGCGGAAGGACGGCGCCCCCGAAGCUGCUGGCGGGGCCUCGCCCGCCCCAGCCCCGGAAAAGGGGGCGCCGCGGGACUGCCUGAACGGUUUCCACGUUGAGGUGGUGGUGACUGGCGGUGUGGACCACUCGGUCUUCUUCGGCCGGGAGGGCCAGGCCGGGGACAAGGAGGACACGGUGUGCGUGACGGUCAGCGGGCCCGGCCAGGACGCCAAAUGCCCGGCUUGCGAGGACCCCCCUCCUGGCCAGCUCUUCUUCCUCAGGUCCCUGCCCCAGGCGACCGGCGACAGCGUCGAAGCGUCGGCCGACCAGGCCCCGGGGCCUUCCCCGGACUCCAAGGAGAAGGCCGUGCUCCUGAGCCCCGAGUCCGACCCCCAGGACGCCCCGCUCUACUGCCUGUACCGCCACGUCUCCCACGACUUCCUGGAGAUCCGGUUCAAAAUCCAGCGGCUCCUGGAGCCCCGGCAGUACCUCCUGCUCCUGCCGGACCACGUGACGGUGAAGAUCCUCAGCUACCUCCCCACCCGGGCCUUGGCGGCCCUCAAGUGCGUCUGCCACCACUUCAAGGCCGUGAUUGAGGCCUACGGGGUGCGGGCCACGGACUCGCGGUGGAACCGGGACCCCCUGUACCGCGACGACCCCUGCAAGCAGUGCAAGAAGCGGUACGAGAGGGGCGACGUCUCCCUGUGCCGUUGGCACCCGAAACCUUAUCACCACGACCUGCCUUACGGACGCUCCUAUUGGAUGUGCUGCCGGCGGAAAGACCGGGACACCCCUGGGUGCUGUAUUGGCCUCCAUGACAACAAUUGGGUGCAGCCUAGCGACGCACUAAAGAAGGAGGAGGGGAGGUAAAACAAAAAAAAACACCCUUUGUUUGGAAGAGGAACGUUCUGUUUUACAAAAAAAACUCUCGCCCUCCCCUCCCAACUGAACAUUCCAGUUUCUCGUGCGCUAGAGAUAUUUAGUUUCUGUUUCGUUUUGAAGGGGUUUGGGCUGUCGCCAUGCGUAUGGUGUGAGAUUAAUUGUCGAGAGCAUGAUCAAGAUUGUGUUCUUCCUUCCCUCUCAAUUUUUUUUUGCU